AUGAACUCGGUGCUCGAAUAUCUGCCCGCUGGCGAGGGCUUGCUGCCGAAAUGGAUCUUCUUCAUCUCGGUCGUAUCGCUCGGUAACAGCAUUCAAGCCUAUUUGUCCCUCGGUCCCACACAAAAGGUGUACUGUGGUUCUAAAUCGAUCCCCGCUGGCGUACCUGCCAACACCGUCCCCAGCGCAUCACCCGUCACACCUCUGUCAGCUCGCACCUUCGGUACCUGGACCGCAAUCACUGCUAUCGUCCGUCUAUAUGCCGCCUACAACAUCACAACCAAGCCCAUGUUCGAGCUGGCUUUCUGGACAUACGUUGUCGCAUUCACACAUUUCAUGUCGGAGUGGCUGAUCUUUGGAUCCACGAGAUGGGGCAAGGGUCUUGCUGGUCCGGCCAUCGUCGCAACCACUUCCUUGAUCUGGAUGUGGACACAAUGGGACUACUACGUCAAGGCUUGA